AGCUUGUUUGCGAUCGAUAUAGCAAUUUGCCGGUAUUUUAGGCCUGUUGUACUUUUUGUCAGCUGGUUGACGUGGCAAGCAUGCGUGUAUCCACCUCUUCCGUAGUCCUAUUCCCGCACGAGACUGGUCAGCGGUUACCGAAAAUUGUCAAUAUAAAACAUUAAAUAUUCACUUUCCCACCACACUUGACCGGAAUCUUUCAAUCAGUGGCGCAAUUUGGUGUUUCCAAAAUGGCUGUUCAUCAAGGGUAAAGUUUAUUCACGGUCACUGUCUUAAAUCAUGGUAAAUAAUCCACAACUGAUCUUUUUUCCCCGUAGAUCGUCAUUAGCAAAAACAAAGCAAAUCUUGUGCAGGUAAGUACACCCAUGUGUACAAUCUGUUUCUACGUUACCGGCUUUCUCUUUGUGUGUAAUUUUAGUCUUGUUGUUUUAAGGAUCUCAAUUCUUUGUCUAGAUGUAAGUAUCGAUCGAUGCAAGUAAAACUUUCCAACGAAUCGUGUGACUCGUAGCCUGCAUGUGGCGUCAAAGUUCGCGUUUUGUUCUGUUGUAAAUGUUUUUUUUUACAACCGGAGACCAUUUUAGAUAUACCAUAUGCCUCACUAAUGGCAUUUUAUUAUUUAAUCAAGAGUACUCAUUUGAUUCAGAGAAUAACUAUGUCGAAGUCAAAUUUUCUCAUAUACUCAACAUCAGGGUCCCGAGGUUUACAGAAAAAAAGAGUCAUCUCCCGAAGAUUUCUGUGAUGGGUGGAGGUGGGGUUGGAUUGGGGACCAAAGCCACUUCUCAUUCUGUUCUCUGCCACCUUCCAUUCCAAUGGUCUGGCUCACGUGGAGAUACCUUCCUUGUUUAUUCAUUAACAGAUGCUAAUCGCUUUUGUCAGAGGUUCAGCUUUCUAAGCUUUUUUUUCAGUGAUCCCACUACUUCCUCAACCCCUCCUCUCUAGAUUACAUUGUCUUUAUUAUGUUCCCUUGUUAUUAAUAGUAUUGUUAUUAUUAUUACUAUUAUCAUUUUCAUAAAAUUAUUAUUGAUACCAUUAUUAUUAUUAUUAUCCAUUUCAUUAUUAUCAUUAUUAAUAUCAUUAUAUUAGUAUUCAUCCUGUUGCAUGUAUUGAUUGGUUUAUCAGAGCAGUUAGCUACAUAAUGAUAUACAUUAAAAAUACAUGCUUUUGAUUGGCUGAAAACAAGUGCAUUUUUCAUGAAACACAAGUGUAAAGUUGUGACAUGAGUGCAAAUUACAAAUAGCACAUAAUUGACAUUUAUGUAUUUUUUAUUAAGGUAUUACAUGCAUGGAGUCUGUAGAGAAGGAGAGAACUGCCAGUACUCUCAUGAUUUGAAGGAAAAGCCCUCCAUGGUAAUUGAUCAAGAACUUUAACCAAAUAGAUAAUAUAAUUAUGUUGUGAGUAACAAUGUGUCUGUCCUUGUAAAUUUUUUCACUGUCUAGAUGUAAAGCAAUAUGUGAUCCCCUUGUUGUACAUAGUAAAGUUCCUAGGUCCUUCCCUUUUAUACUUCUUUUCAACACAUAAUUCUUUAGUAAUGGAUAGCAAAGCAUUGACCUUUUCUAGCAUCUUGUGGUGCAGCCUUGAUUGGUAAUUUUGUGAUUUGUUUCCCAACUAUCAAGCAAUUAGUUCUUUCAAAGACAUCUGCUUCCUCUCCUAAAAAAAAACCCCUAUGUGUUUGACACAAAAAGUAAGUAUCAUGAAAAACUGUUUUUUUGUGAAGGUUUGUAAGUACUAUCUCCAAGGGUCAUGUUCAUAUGGAAAUAGUUGCCGCUAUGAUCACGUGAAGCCAUCUUCUGGAAGGUAUAAUAUUAUUUUAGUUCUGCAUGUUUGUUUCUUACUAAUUAUGAGAUCAUAACCUCAGCUAAUACCUGGCUAAAUACCCAGUAUAUUGUCCAGGUAUUUUUAUAGUAAUAUUUUGUAGAUAAAUCCUACUUGAUGUAGCUUGUAAUUUUCUGUUACUUGGAAGUGGUUUAAAAAGAAAUUGUGAUCAGUGAAACGUAAGCACAAUUGGGAGGUGGAAGUAAAAGGUUGAGAAGGAGCCCAGAUGUUUUUAAAAGGCAGAAAGUAUCUGGAUGUUGAGAAUUCUUUUCCUUGGUGCUUAUUCUUAAAUGCCAAAGAGUGACUAGUUUCUAAUUUCUCCAUACAGUAUUGCCCCUAAAUCAAAUGUGAAGGUCACAAGAAUAAAGAGUAGUGACCACCAACUAAAGCAGCUUUUGAUCAUUGAACAAAUUCUCCUGUAUUCUCCAAUAGUCUAAAAGACCAGUAUGAAGAAUAUACAUAAUGAUGUAAGGGUGUAAGUGUAAUCACAGAUCUGUUGUCAUUAUCGUGUAAUUAAGAAUUUUAUUAGGGCUUCUCAGUCAUGAAUCUGGUUGAUGUCAAAGCCCACCUGAUCGAAGUACUUUCACCAUGUGCUUUUAGCCACCAUUUGCAUCUCAGAAAAGAGUGUGCUUAAUUAAGUCACCAAUAUAAGGGAAGAGAAAUAUAUUGUCAAAGUAGCUUGAAUAUUGUUUUUUAUACAUUACAGGAUAAGAACUUAUUCAGGACCAAAACCGAUACCACUUCUCCCAAAGAAUGAUGAUAAAAGAGAGGUACUGGUAAUUUAAUGUGUAUCACUUUGAUGUCAAUGUAUUGUGUGGCCUAGUAGGUUAAAAAUAUACCUUGAUUUCUGUUUUUUCUUUUCAAUCUUUAACAGAUGGUUUCCCUCACAAAGCAGAAGUCAAAACAUCCCAAGAAUUGGGCAGAUGCAGCUGUAUUUGUUCCAGUAAGUGACAGGUGAAGGUGGCAGCUGUAUCAGUUCAAAUUGUUUGGUUUUGUUGAUAUACUGUCAAUGCCCUUUGUUCUCUGGAUUGAGCUGUCUGGUUCUCAUUCCCAGUUGGAGUGAUCGCAUGAUAUUAGGACUGUGUAAGACAAGUAUGCUAUCUGUGGAGUGAUGAUUACAACCAACUGAGCUACAAAGCGACCCUUUGGGAGCAGGGAACCCUUUCACUUAUGUCUAGAAAUGCAUGCAAUAAUGAAAAUGACAGAUCUGAUGAAAGGAAAUUUCGUCAAAUGGAAUUAAUGUUCAUGAAUUUGAAGAUUUUGGCAAAUUUUAGUCAAAUUUGUCAAAAUGAAAUCAGUGUGGCUGGCUUUUUGUUGCUGCAUGCAUUUCUGGACAUAUCUCAACUCUUUAACCCCUAAGGGUGACUAGCAUGUAAUUUCUCCCUACAAUAUUACCUCUGAAUCAUACAUUAAGGUCAUAAGAAUAAAGGAAAUGAUCACAAAGUAAAGAAGCACCUGAUUGCUAAACAAAUUCUCCUUGUUAGCACCAUGAGAAAUGUAUAGAGAACAGCAUGGAGAAUAUACAUAAUGAUGUCAGAGUGUAAAGAGUUAAAUAUACUGCACUCCCAGCAAGUGGCUUUGUAGCUCAGUUGGUAGUAACACCUAACUAGCAUCUGGGAAUGACAUUCACUCUGACGAAGGGCUAAUGCUUGAAAUUGAAGUUUUGAAACUCCUCUUGGUGGACUCAGUUGAUAAUACCAAAUAACCCUGAGCAAUAUGCACACCCACUGACGCAGCAUCACAGUUUCUUUAGAAACUUACCCCCUUUAUCGCUAGCAUCUGGGAGGCAUUGUUGAAGCCUGGCUUUUUUUCAGGUUUCUUUUACAAUUUCUGUGUUUACUUAAAUUGCAGAUCAACUCCUAUGAUAAUUGCUUUUAAUUACUUAAUUUAUGUUUUACUUUGCAAGGGCCAGGCCCUCAUGUGCAAAGGUCAGGAGUUGUCAGACAAACAGCCAGGGGAUACAGAUUCUGUAAGUUCUCCUGAACCUUACAAUGAAGAUGUAUAUAUCUAAUAUUUUUCAUUUCACAAAGUAAGUUCUUGAAUAUUGUAUAAAGUUUCUUUUUUUAAACAGUGUUGCUGAUUUUUCAUCAUCAGGGUACAGGUACCCAAUCAUAUUCUGCAGCAGCACAGUGUGGGGUUGAAUUUGUGGAUGAGCUUGCUAAUGAACAAGCUUCUGAAACAGUUAGUCAUGAAAGUCAGGCAAGUGUAAAUCUUUAUAUAUAAAGAAGGCCAAAACUUAACAUAAAGUAAAGGUUUUGUUCAAGAAACUUUUUCGCAUGGGCAACAAGUAGCAACUAAAUACUUUUAUUAAAAUCACAUGAUGGAACAAUUUUAUGGCCUAGAAAGGCCAACAUGUAGAAUAAUACAAAAGAUGAGAUGUUUUGACAACAUUUCUUUGCUUACCCAGGAAGGAUCACAAGAGUUAGACUUACUAUAUUUCCUCAUUAAGCACCAGGUGCUUCUUUAAAAUUUGGCUUAAAGGAGAGGUGCUUAACUAAAAGGAGGUGCUUAUCAAGAUAAAAACUAUUAACCUAUACUGAUUCUGCUGUAUUUGAAGCAUAAAAAAAUAUAAAUGAAGUGGAAUAGAAACAGGCUUUCCUUAUAUCCUCACUAUUAAGAAAGUGAAUGAGGAGAGGGGGUGCUUAUUUUAAAGGGGUGCUUAUUUGAUAUUUUUGCCAAGGGGAGGGCACUUAUUUGUAGGAGGGUGCUUAUUCAAAGGAAAGGAAUUGUUAAUCCUUUAACUCCCAUGACUGACCAAGACAGAAUUUCUCCUUACAAUAUCAAUACAAUAUCAAGCAGACAAAUGAUGAGAAUAAGGAAAAAUAUUAAUUAGUCGAUCCAAUACCAAAUUCUCCAAACUAACAUAAUGAGAAUCAUAUGGCAGACAUUAAGGAGAAUUACUAAUGAGAUCUUGGGAGUUAAAGGGUUAAGGCAUGAGAGCUUAUUUGAGGAAAUAUGGUAUUUACAACUGCUGACCAGUUUCUACUUUUGCCUUUUUUGUCUUUGUAUUUUAGCUCUGCCCUUUUGCUGCAACAUUAGGAGAUUGUCCUUUUAUAGAGCAGUAGGUUAAUUUUCUUUCCGCAACAUUUGACUUUGAUCUUGAGUGAUGUCUUUCCAAACUCAAUCAGUUUGUUUUCUUGAUUUGUAGAUGUAAUUAUUUACAUGGUUUGGAAUGUGAAUAUUGUGGGAACAAAUGCCUCCAUCCUUUUGACUUAACACAGCAACAAGGUAAUACUAUGUGACGUUGUCAUUGACCUGUAAUGUUUUGUUAGGUCAAUGACAGGCUAAUGUGAUUUUAAAUACUGUCUGUGGUCACUCCCUAAAUUUUGACUGCAAUGAUAAAUAUAAAACCUCCGGCCACUCACUUAGGAUCUGUACAUGCAAGUGACAAAAACUGAGGUGGAAGGACCAGAGGCAGGUCAAAAGGGUGGGCUACGGAGGUCAUGACCCAUUCCCCUAUUAGACUUGUGGAUUGAUUUUACAACUUUCCUGACACCAAACUUUUUGCAACCACAAGAUUGCAUAUUACUACUCAAUAGGGAGAGGGAGGUGAAAGUAAUUUUGGCCUCUCCCCUCCCCUUUAAAAAUCCUUGGAUGCAUCCCUGUGAGCAGUUUCAAAGAAAACCACAAUUGACAAAUUAUCUGACUAAAGACCAUGCCCAGGGAUUUGGUCUUAAGUGUAAAAUGGUGGGACAAGCUAGGCACGUAUGGAGUGCAUAGUAAAUCACUGAGAUGGUUUGUGUUAUAUUUGUCUGGGUUUCACUUUUCCAGGAAUUUACUGUGUUUUUUCAUAAAUGUGGUGUGAUUCUUUAUUUUAGAACAUCGCCAAAGCUGUGUUGAAAGUCAUGAAAAAGACAUGCAACAUUCAUUUGCAGUGCAAAGGUAUAAAUCAGGUUAAAAAUACACUGAACUCCCACAAUGACACAAUUAAACAAAUCAAGACCACUGGCAUACCAUAUUUCCUCGAAUAAGUGCCAGGGUGAGGAGGGGGGAGCCUAUCUAGUUAGCAAAGCAAUAGGACAAAAAAAAACUAAAAGAACAGAUUAUGCACUUAAAGGAACUCUGCAAGCACAUGGAGAUAGGUAGAACCAAAUGGAAAAUAAACUAUCCUCCUGUACUGAAUCUGUUGUAGUUGACAUUUGAAAAAAUUUGAAAUAAAUAGCAAUAAAAACAGGUUUUUCUUGUAUCCCUACUUUUUAAGAAAGUGAGGGAGGAGGGGGUGGGGGGUUUAUUUGAGGUGUGCAGUUGAUUGAUGUUGUGGCCUUGGGGGUGGAGGCUUAUUAGGGUAAGGGGGCUAAUUAGAGCGUGGGCACUUGUUCGAAGAAACAUGUAUGCCAAUUUUGGGUCAAACGGGGAUUUUAAUUUCUUUAAGCCAAUCUAAAUUCCUGGCUAAGGUGCUUUCCAUUCUAUAUUGAGUAUCCGGGGGUAUUCAAGAUAAAGUUGAGGGUAUCAUAUUGAUUUGUUACUAACAGGAGUUUAGAUGUGACAUGUGGAAUCUGCUUGGAAGUUGUCAAAUCAAAAGCAAAUCCCAGUGAGCAAAGAUUUGGAAUACUCAGUAAGAAGAAUCUAUUUUUGUAGAGUAAUUUAGUGUUUAAAAAAAGUAUCUAAAUUGCUUCAAAACAAGAAAGUAUGUGUCUCCCUAGCAUCAUCAUUUAAAUUUACAAAAGAGAGAGAUAAACUUUAAAGCUUCUAUAAACUCCCUUCUCUCCAAUUUUGGAUCUUAUUACUCAUUCUCCAUUGUGUCUUUCAUACAAUUCUUAUGAUGUUAGUUUGGAGAAUUUGGUUUUGGAUCAACUAAAUUCCCUAACUGAUAUUAUUCUUUAUUCCCCUCACUUGUCUGUUUGAUAUUCUAUUGAUAUUGUGAGGAGAAAUUUUAUCUUGGUCACUAUUUGAAUUAAAGGGUUGAGCAGCUAUUUGUUUUCUAUUUGUGAUCAAUUCAGUGCUCAGCUCUCAAUGGCUGAAUUUGGUUUUACAGUUUUGUGUAACAGAUGCUUGUUGGUGGCCAAAUUUGCUAAAAAUUUACCUUCAUCUCUAAAUCACUUUCAGCUGACUGCAACCACUCUUUCUGUUUGGCUUGUAUUCGUCAUUGGAGAAAUACAUCUCAAAGUAAAAACAAAGUUGUAAGGUACAAAUUUCAGUCUGAGUAACUGCACACCUACCCCUCCCCUAACCCUUCUUUUAAACCUAAUUUGUUAUCAGUCGACUGUUGUUGGGUUAGGGGAGGGGUAGGUGCACGGUUGCCCAUUGAUCAAAUUGUUAAAAUACUGAUUACUAAGUGAACACAAUGUUUUAUCAGUUGAAUGUGAUGUUAGACAGGAACAUGUUCAAUUCAUACAAGUUGGUGAUCAUUUCCUUGUAUUCUUGCGACCUUAAUGUGUGAUUUAGUGGCGAUAUUGUAAGGAGAAAUUAGAUGCUGGUCACUCAGGGGUUUAAGGGUUACUGCUCAGACCUUUUUACAGUAUCGUAUACGGAAUGUUUAUCGCCGCUUUGACAUUAUUCCAUCCUCGUUGUUAUAGAAUGUGUCCAGUUUGCCGAACACCAUCUGCAUUUGUUACCCCGGUGAGUAUUUUACCUUUGAACUUCUCUGAUUCAGGAAUUUUGCAGGAGUGUCAAAAGUUAUCUUGGAUUGCAUUUGCUAUAUCCCUGGUUUUGCUUUGCUUUUCCCUGUGAUUAAUCUACAAAACUCGCGUUACUCUCUCUACCAAUCAGGUAUAAAAGUUAAGCCAAUCACAACUUGAUCGCCUGUGUUUCCCGCGCUUUAGACAGUUUGGUUUGAGCUCUCAGUGACUCUUAAAUGUAUUUUCCCCCAUCAGAAUGGCCGUUGUGAUUACUUUGGAUUUACGACACUCACUCGAAAAGCGCUUCAAGUCUAGAAAAUCAAAUGCAAAAAAAACCUGCGUUUUGCCUUGCUUUUUGGUCUUACAGGCUCCAUAUGUUAUGAAUCUGUUUCUCUGAUUGGUCUGCAAGAUUGUAUUACUUGUUGUCACACGAUGUUUAAUCGAAAUGAGCUCAGCUGUGCAAAAUUUUCAGUGCUUUCUUGAUGUCUUCCAGAGUGAAGUGUGGAUUGAUGAUCCAGUCGAGAAGAAGAAGCUUAUAGAAGACUACAAAUCUGCUCUAAGGUUCACUGAGUAAUUGUGUGUUCUUUUGUGGAAUCAAAUUUACAAUGCUCUACCGCUCAUGUUCAAUGACAUUCAAAUCUGAAUAUAUAAUUUUUUUUCCAGGGAAAAGCCGUGUAAAUAUUUUGCGCAAGGAACCCGGACGUGUCAAUUUGGCGCUAGUUGCUUCUACAAACACGGUAUGGAAUGAAAUGAGAAUCUUUGCGUUCUUUCUUUAUGAAGAUUUUUCUCGAGCACUGGCGUUACCUAGUCUCUCGCAGCCGUUGUUGGUCUCGUCACGCCACGCGCUCUCUCCCCACCAACGAGAGAGCGCGUGGCGUGACGAAACCAAACAUGGCGUUACCCGUGUUCCUCAUUUUUAACUAAUGUAGCGAGAAACUGUUUUAAACAAUCUGGCUGCGAUUGCUUUCUUUAAUGGUUGUUCAUCUCAAAGGAGCGAUGUCAUGAGAUUUAAUCUUGUGGAGGGGGGGAGGGGAGGGUUAAAUGCUAUCCUUCGUUGGAAGGAAAACUUUAAGAUAAGAGUUUGUCGUGGUAGGCAAAGUUGGCUAGGACGGCUUUCCCGGAUAACAUUGGUUUUUCAUCUAUUUUGGGCUACGAAAUGAUGUGUUGUGAAACUAAAGGUCGUCGCAAAUUGCACACUCGUAUUUUCCCGCGGAACGAUGUUAAGGAUAGAGAGGACUGUAACAAAAUGCAAAAUUUAGGCAAGGUGCUAAUGAUAGCCGUUGCUUCAGUUUGUUGUUGAUUGCUGACGUUACAAUAAAGUAAUCUCCCUCCCCCCUCCCCCCAGCAAUUACAAUGUAUUCUUGAGAAUCUGUUUUUAUACACAUAGAAUGUCGGUGAGUUGAAAUAUGUCAUCGCCAGGCUCUUUAACAGUCCUUAAAGUUACUGUAGUAAACAAAAACAUGCCGCUCUCUGGGGCACCAUUUUAGUAGAAUUGUGAUUUCGACCCAUUGUUGUCAUUAUGUAGCAUAUCCAGACGGAAGAGUCGCGGAGACAAAGCUAAGGCAUUGCAAUACUUCAGAAGGAAAUACCAAGGUUGUACAAACCUUCAGGUCAGUUGUGGUGUGAACACCGAAGUCACAAAUAAUUAACAACUAUUCACUUCAGUGACGGUGGCUAAUGGUGAAUAUUUACCGAUCCACGAAGCGGUUUGGUAAAUAUCCCCCACAAGCCACCGACACUGAGGUGAUUACUCGUUUUAGUACAUACUAAAACAGUUAGAUAAUGUAGCACGAGAUAUUAUUUUAAUUUUAUUUUAUUCCAGUAGCGAUUUCAAUGUUUCCGGGCGCAAAUCCUGCGCUUUGCUCAAAGGUGAAUAGCAAAGGCUAUUCGGAGUUUGAGUGGCCAAUCAGAACGCUCCUUCAACGGUAUCCACUGUCUUGGUAAAAACUAAAGUUCUACAUUUGCGGAUUGAUAAGUUGUACCACCAAUUUUAAAUGGCCAUUUCAACGAGUUCUGAAACCUUCGUUUUCAAAAUGAGAUCAAAAGAAAAACUUUGAGAAAGAGAGGAACAUUUGCUGUUAUCCUCGGCCAUCUCAGAAAUGAACUGAGUUAAGUCAGUCCUUGAACAAUGAAGGACAGAGAAGUACUGCCUAAGGGGAUUGGAUUCGAGCCCAUCCGGGUCAUUAAGGUAUUUUUCUAGGCAAGACUCUCUACUCUUGCCAUUGCUAGGACCUAAGGGAGGUUGGGAAGAGGGCGUAAUAGUAAUGGAAAUUUUUUAAUGAUCAACUUCAUGACACAAACCUUUCCGAGUACCAUAUUUUGACGACAUCUGUGAUUUACUCCUGAACAGACACACGUAAUCUGUUUGUCAAAUUGACAACAUUCAUUAAGCACGAAGCAUCUUCAAGUUAACAAUUCUAAGGACAUAUUUUGUUUAAUUAUUGCUGUUGCUACAUUUACUAUUGUGAUUCUGAUUUUUCGAUAAACUUUCGUUCAGAUUAUGGGACUUUCUUGAAGCCUUAGAAGACGAAAGAACUAGUGCAGAAAACACAAUAAUUUUUCUGCCAGACUCAGAUUCCGACACAGACUGAAACGAUCGGAGACUGACACAGCAGACUUCAGAUAAGGACACCUAACUGUGCGGAGGAGCCAAGGUUUCCUGAGAUGGUGCAUUGAUACUCCAAUAAACAACAAAGUUAAAAAACGUGAAUUGCAGUACCUCCACUCUUUCAUUAGAAGGGUGCAAUUAUAUAUGCAUUUUGAAGUGUGUGUGAGUUGGCCUCUUGUUGUGUGACUACUACAUUCAACUACCGUAAUAAAUUUGCGAAAAAAGAUAAUAACUUAAUUGUAAACGUACGGCAUUGUCUAGCGUGACUUAUGGUGGCGUGUAUUGAUUAAAUUCUACCUAAAAACUGGUAUGAAUUUGCGUAAACAGAUGUCUCAGGUGACGUCGUUCCGUUUAGUCAAUUCUUUGCAACGCAGUAUAGUACUCUCUUCAAAAUCUCAAACGGACGUUGAAACCCGUAACCAGUUAAGUCAGCCACCAUCUAUCUUCAGCUUUCAGUGGAAGCGCUCCUAAAGUAGAUCUAUUUUUUUCAAUUCGUUCUUAUCAUCAAAGGAAUCGAUAACUGAUUCUUUCUAAAGACUGUGGUGAAGUUACUGAAAAUAAGUAGGAAUAAUAGUGUGUAAUCCUUAUAAAAAAAAGCGAAAGUUUGUAAUUUCAAAUUUUGUGGAUCGACACUUCAUCAAAAAAAAUAAAUAAAAAUGCACGCG